AUGGUUUUUGUCGAGGACGAUCGACGGCUGGCUGGCUGUCAGCCGGCGGCUUUGGCGCGCACGAGACCCGCGACAAAAAGCCGGCCAUCUGGUGCGCUGAAGAGCCAAAGAAGUGGAGAACUAAAAGAAAAGGAGACAGUUCGAGCAAUGAAAGCAGCGCGCUUUUUCGAAAACUCGGAAGUGCCAGUCAUUGUCUGUUGCUCUAAAGAAUCUACCGCAUUCAACAAACCAAUCGAGGGACUUUCAAUCCCAAGGAAUAACGACGACAGAGGACUUCAGUUCGGCUACACGAUGAUAGAUUAUUGCAGAUUUCGCAGUAAGAAGCUUUCUGCUUUGCGAAAAUUAGUAAAUUGUCGAUAA